AAUGAAAAGGGCUUUAGAAGCCUGUAUGCCAACAACAAUUCACCGUUGGUGUAUUUGGCACAUCAUGAAGAAGAUUCCAAGCAAAUUAAACGGGUACAAGGGACAUGCCGAUAUCGAACAAGAAAUGAGCCAAGUUGUUUGGAACUCUCACAGCAAAGACUCAUUCGAUAGGAAUUGGAACGAUUUUCUGCUGAAUUUUGGUCUUGAGGACAACAAGUGGCUUUCAGAUCUGUACGAAGACCGUCACAUAUGGGUUCCUAUCUAUCUGGAUCACCACUUCUGGGCAGGGAUGAGAAGCACACAAAGGAGCGAGAGCAUGCAUUCAUUUUUUAACAAGUAUAUCACCCGGAACAGCUCACUCAUUCAGUUCUCGGAGAACAAGUUUCCAGCUCGUUAUUCAACAAGUUCGUGGUUACUUACGACUCAGUUGCAGCCGAGGUAA